AUGAGCGGCCGACGCCGCGACAACUCCAUUUCGGAUCUGGCAUCAAACAUGGAUGUAGAUAUGGAUCAUGUGGAGAUCCCCGUCAUCGAAACUGACGAGUCCAUCUUUAUUAGCAUGGCUGUUGGCGAGAUGGCAUAUUCAUUUGAGCAGAUGAGAUACGGAGCUCGAGGGCACCAUCUCAGACAGCUGGUCCAUGAUCUUGCUGAGGAUAGCCAUAACCCAUUUAUCAUCGUCGCCUUGAUGAUACUGAAGUGGGAGUUUUCCAACGAAGCCGAUGACGACUGGGGACUGAACGAAAGCCGCGGGGCGGCAUGCGAGUUUGUCGCCUGGCAAUUUUUAUGUCACCUGAACCAACGUGAAACGAUCGAGUUCCUUCUGGAGGAGCUCCCGAUCCCGCGGCGCAACUCCACGCAUCUUGUUGAAAUGGAAACAGGCAACUGUGGGGUUGCAUCAGGCCUAGAAACGGAGUUCACUCCUCUAUUAUCGGCCGAUUCUACUCAUUUUCACCAUUUAGGACCAGAACACCACAAUCGCCAAGCUUACCUGGGCAGCCAGAAUGCAUACCCGGCUGAUUAUGAGACUUCGAAAUACUCGAGGUUUUUUGGGCUGAAUGCAUUGGAAAUCGCAGCCGUCGCCCGGGCAAAGAGAUUUCUCAGUCAACGGGUUGUUCAGCGUGUGGUCAACGAUAUCUGGAAUGGGGAAAUCGUGUUCUGGGACUCGCUCACAGUUCAUUCAAUCAAAAAGCCACGGAUAUUCAAUCGGAAAACGGCAGAUCUCUAUUCACGGCUGAGAGUUCCAGUUUAUCGGAAGAUGUUCGAAGCGGCCUUUUUCCUUUCAUUCUUACUGUUAUACUAUUCGGUCCUUGUCGAAAGAAAACAGAAUGGACUCGGGCUCUUCGAAAUUUUUAUGGAUAUUUGGAUUGUGGCGUUCGCUUACGACGAACUGAGUGGGCUCAUCGAUGCCGGAGUACUUUUCUACCAGAUGGACUUCUGGAGCCUCUGGAACCUGGGCAUAAUCGGUGUGGGACUUGCGUUCAUCAUCACAAGGGCUGUUGGGUUAGCCAGGGGUGAUGAUUACAUACUCGAUUUUUCAUUCGAUAUUCUCUCCCUGGAAGCACUAUUUCUAGUCCCAAGGAUCUGUGCCCUCGUGAGCUUGAAUUCAUAUUUCGGCAGUCUGAUACCUGUGCUGAAAGAGAUGACGAAAUCCUUUUUCCGAUUUUUGCCGGUUGUGAUUGUCUUGUAUAUUGGGUUCCUCACCACGUUCACCAUGCUGGCCCGUGACCGCCUCUCGCUCAAGGAAAUGUCGUGGAUGUUAGUGAAGGUGUUCUUUGGAUCUGGCUCCCUUGGCCUGGACAGCGCGUCAGAAAUAUCGCCGAUCUUCGGCUAUGGCUUGAUGAUGGUUUUUGUCGCAAUGACCAAUAUUUUGCUCCUCUCUUCACUCAUUAGUUUGAUGAGUAUGAGCCUUGAAGGGGUCAUGCGGCACGCUCGUGAGGAAUACCUUUUCCAAUUGUCUAUCUAUGUCUUGGAGAGCAGCAAUUCGCGGCGCCUGACAUAUUUCAUGCCACCCCUGAAUCUGAUUCCGCUUCUUUGCAUCCGCCCUAUGCGACUCUUCCUGUCCGCGGAGGCUGUUCGCCGAGUGCGGAUCGUCUUACUUCGGGCAACGCAUCUGCCCUUUGCCGUGCUGAUCUGGGGCUACGAGUCAAGCCGACGGCAUCUCCAUCGACCAACCACUCGCCUACCUCCGGUCUCCACGGCUCGACCUCAUGGUACUUCUAGCGGCGUACCGAGUGUCUCCAGAUGCCAGGACCCACUGCGCUCCUCCAUAGCCGAAACAUAUCGUAUCGGUCCUGGGCAUCAACGAACCACUGUGGACCAGUAUCACUCGCGCGAAUCAAGUCUGGCGCCGGCCGAAAAGACGCAGCUCGCGGAGAUUCUUAACGCCGUGGAACAACUUCGAGUGCAGGUGGAGCGCGUAACGACCGGGAUUUCGGCGCAGUGA